GAUGGCCCUUACGUGCAUCCACACGUGCUCUCCUUCCCAGACGGUAAAAUGAAGACCAGCUGGUGCAAUUCGUUGCCGGAUAUCGAUGUCCGCGAUACAUACUCGUUCUUUUGGAAAGCCCCAAAAGGGGGGAAGCAGAUCUGGUUCGCCGUUUGCAGCACUCCCAGCAAAAACUGGGUC